AUGGAAACAGUCAAAUCAAUGCUAGGUGCUGGUGGUGGCAGCGGGGCCGGCGAUGGCGGCGACAUGCCACAGAUUCCAAAGGAUGGGGACAUGCCCAGUCGAGAAGAAAUGCUCAAGACGAUCGAGUCGUUGCAGAAAGCCCAGAAAGCCCAGUCUACCGCCAACAGCCUCAAACAGAAAGCCAUGGCCAUGGCUUCAUCGGGACAACGCGAAAAGCUGCUAAAGGAAGCCUUUGACAAGGAAAUGGAAGCAAAUGGGCACAGCAAGAUGGCGAAACGAAUGCAAUCUGGGCCGUGGCAGGGGCUUGGAUUUGGCGGUGGAAUUGGAGCUGCCAGUGGGCUGGGCCUCGGUGCGGGUGUGGGCACUGUACUCGGAGCAAUACUGUCGGUGCCUGCGACGGGACUGGGGAUGCUUGUGGGAAGUGGCGUCGGUGCCAUCCAUGGGCCAUGGGUGAAGCUAGGUGGCGGAAAGGGUGGCAAGGUGGAAGAAGUACCGUUUGAGGAUGCGGAUCCGGGGAGGGUGGUUGACGCCUUAGAGGCGGAGCGUAAAGCGCGGCUUGAGAAAGGAGCUGCAUCGGACAGCGUUGAGUCGACAAAUGGGGACGAGAAGCCGCGUAGAAAGCCGCCGAAGCUGGAGAUCAGGUCUAAGAAGGGUGCCGAUUCGAACCAAGAUCAGGACACAACUGGUGACAGCGCUGUAAAGAAGGAGUCUGAAGUCAAGAAGGAGCCUAGUGUCAAUACUGGCGUGUCCGAAGAAUCAAAGCCAGCCAGACGAAAACCGAAGAAGCUGGAGAUCAGGUCAGGAAAGGAUGGCCAAAAGCCGGCAACUGCAAAAGCCUGA